AUGGAAGUAUUGUUUACUCGCAGAAUAAUAAUUCUCACAAAAAAAUGUCUGGGCUCUGAGAAGGUUUACUGAGAGAUAUCAUCGGGAUGGAAUUAACAUUACUGAGAGAAACUUUGGAGAAGAUAUUCGUCUGUUUGGAAAAAUGUAUUUGUUCAUCCCUUCACAAAGAAACAUUGCAAUGUGAGGCACAGACGGAUAAAAAUUUAAUAGUUCUAUAUUUAAUAGUUACUCUUAACAGUUCUAUAUUUGGAUAAAUCUGUGUUAAUUAUGCAACCUCGCAUGGGUUAUACUAUAUUCUAGUUCAAGUUAGGCAAAAAUAGAUAUGUAUCUAGUCGCGGAAGGUUUUUUUCAGUUAAUAAAGUAAAUUGUUAGAAUUUAUGUGCCCUCGAAACUCGGAUUUUCCGAAGACACCAAUUGUAAAAUGAAGAACUCAAUUUUUUUCUACAACUCUUAAAUACUUCAUCAAAAGCCUUGUUGAGUUUUAUUUUAAGAUGGGUGCACGAACUAUUGCACAGGAAUCAAAGGGAGAAGUUUGACGAGUACUAUCUCUAUUGGAGCGUAUUGUGAAAACUACAGAGAAUUCAUUGUAAAAUCUACAAAAGAAAAUAAAGAAACCUAAAUGUAUGGGACGGAAAUUCUCCGAAGGGAUUAGAAAACCAGCUUCUGAAACUGACUACUGACUCGAGACAGUCAAACUAAGGAAGAAAUGAGAUGAAACACAUACAGAGAAGCUAAACUAUGUAUUAUGUAAACAGUAGAGGUUAAGUGCUGAAAAACCACAAUAUUUAUAUUUAUUAUUAUUGGAAAUAUUUAUUUCAACAUUUUCUGUUCAAUUAAAAUCUAAUAUUAUGAUGUGAGAGAUGUGAUAAAGCUAUUUAUUAAUGUUUAUGUGAUCUAUCAUCUGAUAUGUUUGUGUUCCGCCACUUGACAUAGAUAAGAAAAUGUUCUACUCCACGGAUCUGCUGACCGCCAAGGGUGGGAAGUUCAAUAUGAUCUGGUUACUUGGUGUCUCAGUUUCUCAGGAGAAGAAAAGGAAGCUUGAGGAGAAGUUAAUGCUGGCAAAUGAUCUGAUCGAACAGAACAUGGAGCUGAGAAGAAUGUUACCUGUUCGAGGAAAGGAACGGAGCUUCUCUCUUCAUGUUAAUAGUAUCCUUCUCCACGGCCUAUCCAUCAAUCUCAAGUUCAAGGUUGACUUUGUAUACCGGCGGAUAAACCAAAACAAAUCAACUCGGCGGGAGGAAGUGCAGGAGAUUGACUGCUUACCGGGGACUGAAGCCUACGUAUUGCCGGCGGAGAUGGCGGUUGAUAUUGACUGGGGAAGAAUGAAGAACAGGGUUGACAUGUAUCAACUUCCCUCGGAGUUAGAGUUAGGCAACUCCAUAGAUCUUCCUUCACAGGGAGCUUUUGACGCCUUUGGUGGAUCUAUGCUGGAUAAUGGGUUUGGAGAAAUUCUUCCACGAGGGAACGGGGAGACUAGUGAUCUUCUUGACAACUUCCUUGAAAGUGAAGCUGGUGGAAUUACGCUUCAGGUUUCAGCUCAGGACAAGAUUGAUAUUCCUGCUCCAGAUCUUGAGGUUUCCGCUGAAGAAGAGAAGAAAGAUGGGCGACCAGGCGGACGAAAAAGAAGUGCUGACGAUGAUGUCGCAAAUCCUAAGAAAGGAAAGAAAUCACCGAGGAGAGACGAGGUGACAAUUAUGCAAGAAGAAGACGAAAAUAUGAUCCCAGAUGCUCCUCUUCGACCCAGGGUUCCCACUCAGCUGGAUCUUGUAACCCCAGCUCUCGAGAUUCAGAAGAGGAGAAGAACUCCCAGAAACCUCUUCUCUGGUGAUAAUUCUCAGGACGAGCAACCGGAGAUCCAAGACAAGAAUCUGGAGAACGAUGUAUUCUUGCCUGACAACAUCGGGAUGGAAGUACCUCUCAACGUGGAUAUCGAGGUGCCCAUGGACACGGACAUCCAAGAGCCUCUCAACGUGGAUAUCGAGGUGCCCAUGAACAUGGACAUCCAAGAGCCUCUGAACAUGGACAUCGAUGUGCCUAACAUGGACAUCCAAGUGCCUACUGUGCGUGAAGUAUCUGAGCAGAUUGAAACAGAACAAGAGGCUGGUGAACCUGGAAUUGGCGAGGAACCUAUUGAUAGACCUGCUGCAGGAAAUGAUAAUGAAACUCCAACAGAAGUUCUCCGUCCUCUCGUUUUAAAGAAGAAGAAGGAGUCUACAAGACAACCGAGGAAUAUGCUUAAAAUUGAUAAAGACAAGCAACUUUCAAUGGAAACGAUCCAUGCAAACCUUAACAACGACGGGGACUUACUUCUGAAGAAGGAUUCAGUGAGCAUUGGUCUAAGCUUUAAUUUCUCCGGGUCUGGCAGGAAGUUUGGGGGUAGUCUCAGUAAACACUGGGACAAACAGCUCAGGGUUUGCAAAACAGUGACUGUAAAUGAUUUUGAGGAGGAUAUGAUUAUGAGAAAUAUAUCUGCUAACAAUUCAAAUAAUAUCUCCGCAAUCUCCGCUAUAGGUCAGAAUAGCAGGCUUAGUUUAAACACUUCUAUAAAUCGGUCACAGGAUGGCCUCGAACCCAGGCAAAGUAAGGAGCCUCCCAGGUUGGAUAUCAUUACGGAGAAAUCCCAAGAAAAUUCUGUCCAGAAGAUUGGCGACCCAGAUAUUACGCCUCAGGAUAUUAUUGCUGUUGGGCAACCACAUCAGGAAGACAUUACUGACGUCCUUCCCCCUCAAGAGAAUAUUGCGGACGUCCAACCUCCUCAAGGGGAUAUUGCUGACGUUCUCCCUCCACAAGAGGACAUUGCUGACGUUCUCCCUCCUCUAGAGGACAUUGCUGACGUUCUCCCUCCUCUAGAGGACAUUACUGACGUUCUCCCUCCUCAAGAGGACAUCGCUGAAGUUCUCCCUCCUCAAGAGGGUCAUGAUGAUAUCCCUCCUCCGGACGGUUUUCCAGAUGACGUGCAGCGGACUGAUGAAUUUGCAUUUGAGAAAGAGAUGGAGAUUCUGGCCACUUCUACGAGGGAGUUCCUGAAUGCAGUGGAGGAGGUCUGUGAGGAGAAGAAUGAUGAGUUCUUCACUUACUUCUCAACAGUUUGUCCUCCUGAACAUACACAGCGGAGUAAGGGUGCGACUAGUUUCUUCUCAAUGCUAACCCUGGAGAAGAAGGAAUGUUUAAGAACUGAGCAGGAACAAUUCGUGGGACCAAUCAAAAUUAAACUUCUCCAGAAGGCUGCAGAGUUCGAGAGCCAUACAGAGACCAGCAGCAGUGGAAGUAGGAGUAGCAGCAUUCAAGGCUCCUUCCAGGAGAUGUAAACCACCAGUGCAUGGCCAUGACUGGAUAUGUUUUUCAGCAGUAGUUGGUCACACCCAAAUAUUAACCUAAAAUUGAUCGUGUGUCUAGAAUUGAGAUUUAAUGUAACAAUGUUUGAGAACUUAAUAAUUUGCAAAGCUUAAUAUUUCUGCUUUUGAUCAUUAAAAAAAUUUGACAUUGUAAAAUUUUAAAAUACUAACAUGUAAAUCCACGCUUGAAUUUAGAAAAGAAAAUUAUGAACCUGUAAUAGUGCCAUACAAAAUCAUAUAUGUUGUUACAGUCUAGUUAUUUGAAAAUUAUUAACUAAAUUUUGGUUUGAGUGAUGAAAAUCAAUACUUUCGUACAAUAGAGGCAAUACAAAUAACUUCUUAAUAACCGAUUUUGUUAAAAAGUCACUGAGUACAAUCGUACAAGUGUACAGUACAGUACGCUUCUUGUUUAAAUUGUCAGUAUAAGUGUAAGUAUUGAAGUAAAAGUAAAUAUUUAUAACUCAUUGUUUCAGAA